CACUCACACACUCACACACAUACGCAGAUUCAGUGUGGGUUGAAGGAAGGAAGCAAAACAGAAACAUGUAUAGGGACGUGUCAAGCUGCAACACAUACGACUAUGGUGACGCUAUGUAUUGGGACGCUCGCUACAUCCAAGAAGGAGGUUCGUUUGAUUGGUACCAGCGUUACUCUGCUCUCAGACCUUUUGUUCGUAAUUACUUCCCUCUUUCCUCUACACUCCUCAUGGUUGGUUGUGGCAAUGCUGUCAUGUCAGAGGAUAUGGUCAAAGAUGGUUAUGAAGACAUCAUGAAUAUUGAUAUUUCAUCAGUUGCAAUUGACAUUAUGAGAAGAAAAUAUGAGUACAUCCCUCAAUUAAAAUACAUGCAGAUGGAUGUCAGGGAUAUGAGGUACUUCCCAGAUGAAUCUUUUGAUGGUGUAAUUGAUAAAGGAACUCUUGAUUCAUUGAUGUGUGGUACUGAUGCUCCAAUUAGUGCUGCUCAGAUGCUUGCAGAAGUGUGUAGACUUCUAAAACCUGGAGGGACAUAUAUGUUGAUUACAUACGGUGAUCCAACAGUAAGGAUGCCUCAUCUUAGCAGACCUGCGUACAAUUGGAAAGUUACAUUGUAUAAUAUUCCAAGACCAGGAUUUCAAAAGCCUGAAAGUAGUACUUCAUGGAGAAAAUCAUACUUGGAGCCCAUCCCUCUCACUGAAAAGGGCUUACUUCCGGCAGAUUUAGUUCUGGAAGAUCCAGAUUCUCACUAUAUAUAUGUUUGUAGAAAGAUAAAUGAUAGAGAGAUAGACAACAUACCCACAUACCAAUUAACAACUGAUGUUUUAUAGCGCUGACUUACAUUGAAGCAGGGAUGAAGGUAGUAUUUAUCCUCUUAGAUGUGCAUCAUAGUCAUUUCAAUGGUUGCUCUUGUCAUCUGUAGGCACUGGGACAAGUUACCGCGAACAAUGAGAUGUUUGUAAUAGCAUUUUACUCUCAUAAAUUAGAGUAAUGAAGUUAGCUUGUAGGAGAUGAUUGAUAUUAUUAAAAUCUAUGAAGAA